GCCUGGGAACGUUAUCCACCCUCGCUCAGUGCUUUACGUAGUGUUCCAAACCCAAACAAAGAUGCGCACGCUGUCUGCAGUAUGACUACUACUAUUUACUACGGUUACGAGGGAUAUUUGUUUUUUCCUUUUGCAAAAGGGAGAUCUGUAAGCGACUUGAAUUGGACAGUGUAAGACCAACAGGAUUUCCCUCUGAGCUGCAAAGCCGUUCUUACCUCCUCCGUAUUCUCUGUUGUCUCUGUGGACAUGGCCCACCAUAAGGCACUAUCAGACUCAUUGCUUGGUGCCCAGAAUGAAGAGCCCAUUGCCUCUCAACCAGAGGCACACAAGCAGGGCUAUUCUGUCCAUGCAUCAGAUUCCUUCCCUUGCCUGCGCCCCCUCAAUUUGUCCCAGCAAGCCCAGGAAGAAGCACGCCGCCCUGGAGAGGUCAUCGUUGUCAUCAAAGAGAAGACUGAGAAUGGUAGUAGGUCAUGGGCUCUUCUCUUCCCUAACACAAGAUAAAUUGUCAACACUUAGUCUCUCAUCUCCACCCCGGCGUCAUCACUCCGUACCCUAUGCACGUCCUCCUCCACUGGGUCAUACACGAAUGGCCAGCAGGUCCAGCUCCAUAGCCUAUACGGCAUUCUCAUCCCGUCCCUCAAUCUCACGCCACUCCAGCUUGGCCACCAACCCGCCGCUGGGCUGCUCCAAACCCAAGGACUACCUAGUCCUGGCCAUCAUUGCCUGCUUCUGCCCUGUCUGGCCAGUCAACAUUGUGGCGUUUGUCUACUCUGUCAUGUCUCGAAACAGUCUGGAACAAGGGAACAUUGAUGGAGCCAGGCGGCUUGGUCAGGUUGCCAAGCUACUUUCCACUGUGUCAGUCAUGGGUGGAGUUGUCAUUAUUGUGGCCUGUGUUGUAAAUCUGACAAUUAAUGUGAAAUCCUGAGUUAAACCUUUGCCUUGGAGUCUAACUUCACAUCAUACCCCUGAUUGGAAGACCAUGGCCUAAACAGUCUGAUUUCACUCUCUUUCUUAACACAAUCUUAGCUAAUCUGUUAAUUAAUAAGAUGACACCUGUCAUAUUUUUUAAUGCUGUAAUUAAUGUAACUGAUGAAAGAUCUCGUAAAGCUGAAUUAAUCCUCAAACACCACCACAAGAAAUGGGAGCAAAAAUACAAUUUCUGGUCAUGUCUGGUCUGUCAUGCCACAGUUAGGAUUAUUUUAUUGGGGUUAUUUUUAGAUCUCCAAAAAGUGUUUGUUGUAUUAAACAAAUUUCCACUCUUUAGUACAAAAGUGAAACAGCAUGGCCAAUAUAUUGCAGAGGCAAAACUAAAAUGUGAAAGCAACCAGCAGUAAAAACUUUACUACUUAGUCCAUUAUUUGAGAAAAGCAUCAAUUGGCAGACAGAUGAUGAAUGAGUACUGCAAUAUCAAUGGAAGAUCAAACAGCUGAGAAAAAAAUACUGCAGUAUGUUUCUUAUUUGGGACAGACAUAACAGCCCCAGAUAGUGUCCUUGUAGUUUGAAGAGAGUUUGAAGAAGAGAAAUAUUGUAUUUAAGUGCAAA